AUGACUGGGGUUCCUGCAGAUGCACCAGUUUCUCUUGAUCAGCUUAAGCAGAUUAUGAAUGAGUUUGCAAAGGAAAGGAAUUGGGAGCAGUUUCAUAGCCCAAGGAACCUCCUUUUGGCUAUGGUGGGUGAAGUGGGGGAAUUGUCUGAGAUAUUUCAGUGGAAAGGGGAGGUUCCAAAGGGUCUUCCAGAUUGGAAAGAAGAGGAAAAAGUUCAUCUUGGUGAAGAACUUUCAGAUGUGUUGCUUUACCUUGUGAGGCUCUCUGACAUGUGUGGUGUUGAUCUUGGCAAAGCUGCUUUGAGAAAGGUUCAACUCAAUGCUAAAAAAUACCCUAAAAAGGUUUCUGAAGAAGACCCUUCAAGCACGACCAAGGAUCCUGCAACUUCUGAAGAGGCUUGA